GUUUAACUUCACCGUUUGACCUGGAGUGCGUGUACCUUUACGGGCUUGAUUUAUCAAACAGAACCGAGAUCUCUCAGUCUUAGUAUCACCAACUGUGAAAAAAAAUUGAAAAAUGGAAGAACCCCAGAAUGAUGGCCCAGGAGCUAAGGUCUCUGUAUUUGAUGAUUCGAUCGAGAAUCAUUUUAGGGCAAUGUAUACAGUUUCUAAGAUUUGUGAAGAGCCCAAGAAUGAUGAUCUUGAUGAAACUGAUAUGCAGAGAUUUUCUUCUUCAAUCACUUUCUUAAGGGAAUGGAGGCAUUUUAACUAUGAACCGAGGGUUAUUAGGUUUGCUAAUGAGAAAGAUGUCUUUGGUGGCGUAGAGUUGCCCCAGUUUUCAUCAUCAACCGUUUCCAAGGGCGGAGUAUAUGAAAGAAAUGCAUCUGCAGAAUUCUGCAAGGACUUCGUGAUGUAUGUUGGAGGGUCUGUUUGGGCAUUGGAUUGGUGUCUUCGAGUUCAUCAGAAUCCAAAUAAUCUUGUUAAAUGUGAGUUUAUUGCUAUUGCUGCUCAUCCUCCGGAAUCUUAUUAUCAUAAGCUGGGUGCACCACUUAUUGGUAGAGACAUGAUUCAAAUAUGGUGUGUGCUAAAUGAUAGGGUAAAUGAGGAAGAAGCUUCUCUGUCAGAGAAAAAGCCAAAACGGAAAUAUCAAAUAACAGAAGCCUUGGACGAGAGCUUGCCAAAGAAGCCUAGAGGACGACCUAGGAAAGAGCGAAUAGAUGAACCUCUGCCUGAUAAGGUUAAGAGGCUACAAGGCAGACCUAGAAAGAAACCAAUUGUUGAAUCUCCUGGCUGUGAUCCGCAUGUGCAGCCUCUAGCUGUUCAGUACCCAGAAGAUUCCAUGCAGCUUGUUUGUGUGGAAGAUGUUCCUGGAAAUACAAAAGAUGUUCCAGUUAAGAAUCAUCGUAAAAAACCAAAAGGUCUUAAAAAGGAAGCAUCUACAUCUGUUGAAACCCCUAAAACUUCUAGGAAGAGUGUAAAAUCGAAAAGUAAGACACAGGAAAAACUAACAGUGAUGCUAGAAUUCAAAAUGAAGAUUCAGAAUCUUUUUCUUCAAUAAACCAACAAAUUCAUCCUAACUCUGGGCAAGAUGCUACUGCACCAGAUAAUGUGUUAGGUUCUAAUUCAUUCAAGGUCAGCCCGAGUUAUCCUUCAAUUCCAGGGUAUGUUGCACUGCCAAGAGCUGUCCUCUGCUUAGCUCACAACGGAAAAGUUGCUUGGGAUAUAAAUGGAAGCCAUAUCAUAUAAAUGAUUCUAAAUGCAACCAACGGAUGGGCUAUUUGGCUGUCUUACUAGGAAAUGGAUCUUUGG